GCCAUGACCGACCUGUUCACCUCGAUAGUCCAGACGCAUAAUCCUACUUGGGAUGAUUGCCAGCAAUUAUUAAUGACAUUGUUUAACAACGAGGAGAGGACUAGGAUAAACCAAGCGGCCAUUAAAGCGCUGGAAGAAGAAGCCCGUACAUUAAAUCAAGCUAAUCCAGCAGCAUGGGCCGCAACUCAUUAUCCUAAUGCUGAUCCCGAAUGGGAUGUUAAUGGCGCAGACAUGGUUCAUUUAAAAGCCUAUAGAGACGCUAUAAUUGCUGGCAUGAAAGCCGGAGGGAAGAAGGCUAUAAAUAUGUCUAAGACGGCUGAGGUGAUACAGAAAAGUGAUGAACCGCCCAGUGUCUUUUAUGACCGAUUAUUGGAGGCAUACCGCUUGUAUACCCCCUUUAAUCCGGAAGCCCCUGAGAAUUCCCGAAUGAUAAACUCUGCCUUUGUCAGCCAAGCCUACGGAGAUAUUAAGCGCAAGCUACAAAAGUUAGAAGGGUUCGUAGGAAUGUCCAUCACCGAACUCAUGGAGGUAGCUAAUAAGGUUUACAUGAAUAGGGAAUCAGAGAGUAAGAAAGAGGAAGAGCGCAAGAUGCGUAAAAAGGCGGAUAUGCUAGCGGUAGCGAUCGCAGGCGUAGAUAGACGGGGCCCAGAUAGAGGCGAUAGUAAGUGGAAUAGGGAACCCCUGAGUAGGAAUCAGUGCGCAUACUGUAGAGAAGAAGGGCAUUGGAGAAGCGAGUGUCCAUAUAUGCCUGAAUGUCCAGUCCAAUUGCUGGGACGUGAUUUGCUAUCCAAACUACAAGCGCAGAUAACGUUCCUACCAAAUGGAACAACAUCUUUAAAGUUUAAUGGACCUUCAGGUAUUAUGACAUUAUCUGUACCAAAGGAAGAAGAGUGGCGACUUUAUACAGCGUUGACUAGCCAAAACCCUAAGAGUGAUGAAUCCUUAUUCAACAUACCAGGAGUUUGGGCAGAGAACAGCCCACCAGGACUGGCCCGCAAUAUUCCAACCAUUCGAAUUGAACUAAAACUUGGGGUUUAUCCAGUGAGCCUACGGCAAUAUCAUAUCCCGCAGAAGGCUAAGAAGAAUAUUCAAUCUUAUCUGGAUAAGUUCAUACGGUAUGGUAUCCUAAAAUUCUGUACUUCCCCCUGGAACACCCCAUUGCUGCCUGUUCAAAAGCCUGGUACAGAUGAGUAUCGUCCUGUGCAGGACUUGAGAGCAGUCAAUGAUGCGGUUGUAAGUAUACACCCAGUUGUGCCCAAUCCGUAUAAUCUGCUUGCUUUAAUUCCGGGCGGGGCUACCUAUUUUACAGUCUUAGACCUCAAAGAUGCCUUCUUUUGCCUCCGGAUUGCUGCAGAAAGCCAAUGUAUCUUCGCUUUCCAAUGGGAAAAUGCUGUAACGGGCUCGAAACGCCAGAUGACUUGGACAAGACUGCCCCAAGGGUUUAAAAAUUCACCUACCCUAAUUGGUUCAGCUUUAAGUCAAGACUUACUGGAUUUCAAGUCCAUCCCAGGAGAGUGUGUAUUAUUACAAUAUGUAGAUGACUUGUUGAUAGCCGCAGUCACAAGAGAAAUAUGUCAGCAAGCAACACACGAUCUACUACACAUUCUCUGGAAGGCAGGAUACAAGGUGUCUAGGAAGAAGGCUCAGUUGUGUCUGCCAACUGUCAAAUAUCUGGGAUUCCAUAUCUCUGAAGGUCAAAGAAUAAUGGGGCCAGAGAGAAAAGAAGCUGUGUGCCAAAUACCAAUACCCAAGAAUAGAAGACAAGUGCGAGAAUUUUUGGGGGCAGCAGGCUUCUGUAGGAUAUGGAUUCCCAGUUAUGCGAUACUGGCGAAACCUCUGUAUGCAGCUAUCAAGGGUACAGAACACGACCCCUUCUUAUGGACCCCAGAACAGCAAAAGGCAUUUGAAGAUGUGAAGAAGGCUUUGAUGAGUGCCCCAGCAUUAGGUCUACCUGAUCACACACGACCAUUCUACUUGUAUGUACACGAGCAAAGAAGAAUGGCUGUGGGAGUAUUGACACAGUACUUGGGAUCAUGGCAAAGACCUGUUGCCUAUAUGUCUAAGCAGCUGGAUGCAGUGGCCAGUGGUCUUCCACCUUGUCUGAGAGCCGUAGCCGCAGCCGCCCUGCUGGUAGCUGAAGCCAACAAACUCACUCUGGGUCAAGAACUUUAUGUAGGAGUCCCACACGCAGUACAGACAUUGUUGGAUUACAAAGGCAAUCAUUGGUUCAGUAACAGCCGUAUGACCAAGUAUCAAGCAAUGUUGUGUGAAAACCCAAGAGUGCAUUUAGAGACUGUCAAUGCCUUAAAUCCAGCUACCCUUUUGCCACAACCUACUGAAAGUCAACACGAUUGUUUGGAGGUGAUGGAUGAAGUAUUUUCAAGUAGACCAGAUCUUCGUGAUUUUCCCAUCCAGAACCCCGAUGUCCAAUAUUAUACAGACGGCAGUAGUUAUGUGAAAGAAGGGAUUCGCUAUGCAGGAUAUGCAGUAACAACGAUAGACAAGGUGAUAGAAGCUCGGCCACUGUCAAAAGGAACAUCAGCACAGAAGGCAGAAUUGAUAGCACUAACACGAGCGUUACAAUUGGCUGAAGGUUUAAGAGUGAACAUCUACACGGACUCCAAGUAUGCGUUUUUAACCACUCAUGCCCACGGAGCUUUGUAUAAAGAAAGAGGACUAUUGAAUUCAGAGGGCAAAGAAAUCAAGUACGCAGCUGAAAUACUACAACUAUUGGAACACUUGCCUGUCAGGGGGACAGGAAUUGUUGCUCUCCACGGAGACCUGCGAUCUGCUCGCGUUAGGGGCGAUCCAAGAGUUGCCGUGCGAUUACCGAGCUUCAGUCAGAAGGACUCCUCUCUCUGUCCAGGUCACUCUUAUGUGGCAAGGCGGAAGUUGGACGAUGGCUCCAGAAAGAGAUUGAUCCGAUGUCUUGGCUCAUUGGGAGGCCUGGAUCAGCAGGACCCUCCUCGAGCCGUGAACCUUUUCUUCCAGAGACAAGUGGUCCGAGUUUGGGAAGAUGUUGCACAUCGACUGCAUGUAAGUCUUGGCGGGAGCCUUUUGCUUUUCGCCAUGUUGCCACGGUCACGCGAACAGCUGCGUUAUCCUCUGGGUGGACUAUAUGUCAGUGAUGAGUUCCAUCAACCAUCCAGGGGGCAUGAAGUCGCGCACGUGGCUAAUCGUGGCAUAGGACCUCUGGCAAUUUUGUCUUCACAACGUCCCGGUGACAGCAGAACACAUUCCAGGCCUGGACACUUCUUGGGCCGAUUGGAAUUCAUGAUUGUUCAAGAGAUUCUGGAGACUGACGCUUACAUGCUUCAGCGUUUUUCCAGGUUUGGAAUGGUUGUGGAAGCUGUUCGAGGUGGAUCUGUUGGCAUCUUGCCUUAA